AUGGAUAAUAAUGACCCUGAUGAAGAUCAUCUUACAAGUUAUGAUAUUCAACUCAGUAUUCAAGAAUCCAUUGAAUCCAGCCAGACUGCAUUUCAUCCUGAAAGAUUUGUCCCCCUCAGUGAUCAGAACAGAAAACUUGUGGAGGCCAUAAGACAAGGUCACAUUCUUGAGCUCCAGGAGUGUGUGAAGUAUAAGCGUGCACUGGACGAAGCCGAUGAGAAAGGAUGGUUUCCAUUGCAUGAAGCUGCCGUUCAACCUUUUCAACAAAUACUUGAGAUUGUUCUGGAUGCAUCCUACAAGACACUCUGGGAAUUCAAGACCUGUAAUGGAGAAACACCCUUGACUUUGGCAAUCAAAGCUGGUCUGGUGGAAAAUGUAAGGACUUUACUUGAAAAGGGAGUAUGGCCCAACACCAAAAAUGAUAAAGGAGAGACGCCCCUUCUGAUUGCUGUAAAACAGGGCUCCUACAACAUGGUGUCUACUCUGAUAAAACACAACACCAACCUUGAUCAGCCCUGUGUCAAGCGAUGGUCAGCAAUGCACGAAGCAGCCAAGCAAGGCCGGAAAGAUAUCAUAGCUUUGCUACUAAGCCACGGAGGCAAUGUCCACCUGAGAGAUGGAUUUGGAGUCACACCAUUAGGUGUGGCCGCUGAAUAUGGUCACUGUGAUGUGUUAGAACAUCUAAUCCACAAAGGUGGGGAUGUGUUUGCUUUGGCGGAUGAUGGGGCAUCAGUGUUGUUUGAGGCUGCCGGGGGCGGUAAUCCUGACUGCAUUGCUCUCCUGCUGGAGUAUGGAGGAAGUGGAAAUGUGCCCAACAGAGCAGGGCAUCUCCCUAUACACCGAGCUGCCUACGAGGGACAUUAUCUUGCACUGAAAUAUCUUAUCCCAAUAACAUCCAAAAAUGCAAUUCGGAAAAGUGGGCUAACUCCCAUUCACUCAGCAGCCGAUGGACAGAAUACCCAGUGCCUGGAACUACUCAUUGAAAAUGAUUUCGAUGUCAACGCUCUUCUUGCUGACCACAUUUCCCAGAACUAUGAGGAUGACAGGAAGACUGCGCUCUAUUUUGCUGUCUCUAAUAAUGACAUCCAUUGUACAGAAGUCCUUCUGGCUGCAGGUGCAGACCCAAACCUAGAUCCCCUCAACUGUCUACUUGUGGCAGUGAGGGCCAAUAAUCAUGAGAUUGUCCGACUGCUUCUCUCCCAUGGGGCUAAUGUCAAUUGUUACUUUAUGCACGUGAAUGACACCCGUUUCCCCAGUGCCAUUCAGUAUGCCCUAAAUGAUGAGGUCAUGAUGAGGCUGUUGCUGAACAAUGGCUAUCAAGUGGAGAUGUGCUUUGACUGCAUGCAUGGUGACAUCUUUGGAAAUUCAUUCGUGUGGUCAGAAAUAGAGGAAGAAGUACUGCCAGGAUGGACGUCUUGUGUAAUUAAAGAUAAUCCGUUCUGUGAGUUUAUUACAGUUCCAUGGAUGAAACACCUGGUAGGCAGCAUUAUUCGUAUAUUGAUAGAUUACAUGGAUUAUGUUCCUCUGUGUGCUAAACUGAAGUCUGCAUUAGAAGUACAGAGAGAAUGGCCAGAAAUCCGCCAAAUACUAGAGAAUCCUUGUUCAUUGAAGCAUUUGUGCCGAUUAAAAAUUCGAAGACUUAUGGGACUCCAGCGACUCUGCCAGCCAGCCUCCAUGGAAAAACUUCCACUACCACCAGCUAUUCAAAGAUACUUAUUAUUUAAAGAGUAUGAUCUCUAUGGACGGGAGCUAAAAUUGCCAUAGCUUAAAAAUAACAUUUU